AUGUCUCAGGAGCAUUUAAAGAAUGAAGAGAAGAAGCUGAAGUCAGAAAAGAAGGUUGAAUCAAAAAAGAUGGAGUUGGAAUCAAAAGUGUGUACAGCUGCCAAACCCGGAAGAGAUAACCUCCUUGCACCUAUCGCUUUGCCACCAGCUACAAUCGGUGGCCAUUAUAUGUAUGCGGCUGAGGCACUCAUGGAUUACCCAAUGAAUGAAGGAUGUUGA